AAAAGAUAGGUUUGCGCAUGCGCUCUUGGUUUGUCUUGUGAAGGUUUGGUCGUUGCUCUCGCUAGUCUGUGGAUCACGGAUUUAAUGCAAUGUAUGAAAACAAGAGAAAUAUGAAUAACCAAGGCCAAAACUUCAAUCCUGGAUCUUCAAAAAAUUACCAAAAUUGGGAUGGAUCCAAAACAUCCAGUAAUUUUGUGCCACUUUAUAAUCAGAACUUUGGAGUGCCAUUAGAUGGACCUGGGCCUACAGCCAGAAAUGUAUCAUGGAAUGUACCCCCUAGCGCAAACAGCCAACCUUCCUUAUUACCUUCAUUUAACCAGAGUUAUGGAAGGCCAUCAGAGGGAUCUCAACCUCCAGAGAGAAAUGCAUCAUCUUGGAAUGCACCACCUAGAUCAAACCAGGGUUUUGGUAUGCCAUCAGAAGGACCCCGAGCUCCAGAGAGAAAUGUAUCCUCUUGGAAUAGCCCAUCCCCCCUCGUGUCUCGAUUUAAUCAAAGUUAUGGUAUGCAAUCAGAAGGAUCCCGACCUCCAGAGAGAAAUGUAUCAUCUUGGAAUGUGCCACCAAGGUCAAACAGCCCUCCCCUCCUUGCCCCUCGAUAUAACCAAGGUUUUGGUAUGGCACCAGAAGGAUCCCGGCCUCCAGAGAGAAGUUUGUCAUCUUGGAGUCUACCACCUAGGUCAAACAGUCCGCCACCCCACGUCCCUCAAUUUAACCAGGGUUUCAAUUUGCCAUUAGAGGGAUCUCGUCCUUCAGACAGAAUACCUUUCCAGUCUGCUGGUCCAUCCGGAUUUAACAGUGGAUCUGACUGGCAUCUGGGGCCAAGUACUUCACAAUGGAGUAUUCACGGUGGAACCCAGUCCUACAACCAAAUUUCAUCUGAUUUCAACCGGAAAGGUGUUAAUAACUGGAUGGGACGGGGUAAUAAAGGAGGAUUCAACAAGGGGAAAAGGAGAGGCCAAAUGAUGCAGAAAAAGAAGCGGAAGUUGCCUGGCGGUUUUGAAGAGCCAAACAAGAAGCGUCAUAUUGAAAACAACACGGACAAUGAUGGCGAACAAAAACCGCUAAAUAAGCCAGGAAAUACACCAGUAAAGAAGCCAGGAAAUACCCCAGAAAAUAAACCAGUAAAGACGCCAGGAAAUAUACCACAAAAUAAACCAGUAAAGACGCCAGGAAAUACACCACAAAAUAAACCAGUAAAGACGCCAGGAAAUACACCACAAAAUAAACCAGUAAAGACGCCAGGAAAUACACCACAAAAUAAAUCAGUAAAGACGCCAGGAAAUACACCACAAAAUAAACCAGUAAAGAAGCCAGGAAAUACACCACAGAAUAAGAAGACAAAAACACAAAAUGGGAAUGCAAAUAAAAAUAAGCCUGUUUCAUCAGAACCAAAUCCUGCUGCUGAAAACUCUCAAAAAUUCUCAAGACGAAAGACGAGGAGAGGGAGAAGAGGAAAGGGACAUUGGAUGCAUGCUUCAGAUCCGAAUCCUCAUUUUUCUUGCUGCUUAUGCUGCUUUGAUACUCAAAAUGAGAUAGAGAUUCAAAAGCAUUUUAAAUGUACGCUGCACCAUAGUACUCUGAAACAUCUGUGUACUUAUUUUCCAAAACAGGAAGUGGAUUUUCUACAGGAAUACAUGGUAUAUGAUAAUUGGAAGCUUAACGCUAAUAAGUCAAAGGAUUUUGUUCCCAAGAAUGGUUCCUUUAGAGGUAUAGGACAAGAGCACUUUUUUCGCCGUGUCGAGGCUGCCCACUGCAUUGCUUGUGAUGUCCUCAUUCCAGAUAUUCAUCAACGUUUGAUGGAGCAUAUAAAAACUGAAAGUCAUUCAUUGAAUCGUAGGGCAUUAAAUCAAGAUCUAAAGAAAAAGAGUAUUAAGACAGCAGAUUGGAUGUUCAAAAAUAAACGUUUCAAGCAGAUGUUUGCUGCACAUGUUAAGGGGGAAGAUCCUUUUAAAACUGCGGAAGAUGUUUUAACUACUGUUGAGGAUCUAGUGUCUGAGGACGAUGCCGCUUCUGAAGAUGACGUUAUAGAAGUACCUUGCAAAGAUGCAGAAAAUGAAAAGUUGUGCCCUCCAGAACUUCAGCCACAUCAGACUGAAGAGGAGGGCCCCAUUAACCUAGAGGAGGGCCCCAUUAACCUAGAGGAGGGCCCCAUUAACCUAGAGGAGGGCCCCAUUAACCUAGAGGAGGGCCCCAUUAACCUAGAGGAGGGCCCCAUUGACCUAGAGGAGGGCCCUGUAAACUCAGAGGAGGGCCCCAUUGACCUAGAGGAGGGCCCUGUAAACCCAGAGGAUGCUCCUAUUGACCUAGAGGAAACACCUGUUAACCCAGAGAAUGCUCCUAUUGACCCAGAGGAAACACCAGUUAUCCCAGAGGAUGCCCCCAGUGAACCACAGACUGUUGACACUGAAAUGUAAAUAGUUAUAUGCAGUUAAUAUGCCUUUUUAGUAGACCAACACAUGUUGUUUGUUGAUUAGUGCCCACUAGUCGUCAAGUGUUCAAAAUAUGUUCCCUUGUUAUCAAUGGAAAUAUCCCCAUAUUAUAAAUCCGAACAAAAGGGAUCAUAAAAUUAUUUCUUUACACCAUUUUAAUGUUUUAAGUUGUUUCUUUAAAGACAGUUCAGAACUGACUCAUGCAAUUCAUACUUGACCAAGAAUUGUUUAUCACAAUAAUAUUCAGUGUAAUUGUUCACUAAAUAAUUGAACAUUUCUGAUAACUUGCAA